CAUUCAUACAUUGUAUGGCAGCAAGAUACUCCAUACAGAGCAUUUGGAUAUCGUGACCACGCGUGACAUGGACAAGCAAGCAUCGGGUAAUCUCCGGCACCUGAAUGACGCAGGCUGCUUUUCAUCUGCACUUUGCGACAAAGGAACAACUGAAUGUUAAGAUAACCCACAGAGCCUCCUAUACCACAGUACGCAUUGUCAGGCCAUUGCCAGUCACUAUGAAUCGCUUGUUCGGCUCCAAGAAUACAGCCCCGAAGCCGACGCUCAACAGUGCCAUUUCAAAUGUAGACACGAGGAUCGACUCGAUCGAUGUGAAACUAGCAAAGACCAAUGCUGAACUUUCCACGUACCAGCAGAAACUGAGCAAAAUGCGCGAUGGUCCCGGCAAGCAAGCCAUUAAGCAAAAAGCCCUCAAAGUCCUUCAACGGCGCAAGAUGUACGAGUCACAACGAGAUCAAUUACAGCAGCAGUCAUGGAACAUGGAACAAGCCGGGAUGAUGCAAGAUAACCUGAAAAAUGUCAUGACCACGGUGGAUGCGAUGAAGACGACGAACAAAGCAUUGAAGCAGCAGUAUGGCAAAAUAAACAUCGACAAGAUCGAGCAGAUGCAGGACGAGAUGGCGGAUCUAAUGGAAAUCGGCAACGAGAUCAACGAGAGCAUAAGUCGUGCGUACGAUGUUCCAGAAGAUGUGGACGAGGCAGAGUUGGACGCCGAACUAGAAGCCCUGGGUGAAGACAUGAUGUUUGAGCAAGAGAUGGGGGUGGGAGAGAGCACGCCGGGUUUCUUGCAGGACGAAGUAGCGCCACCGCAGUUCAUCGAUGAACCGCCGGAACAGACGAAAAUCAAGGAGGCGGCCGGCGGUGUUGGUUAAGAUAUGGCAGUCCGAUCUUCCAAGCAACCACCAGUCUCCGUCAGCUUGGACUCACAUCAGCUUCAACUUGAGGACGGAAAGCUGUCGAUCUCUCUUACGACUUCACGUUCAGGUGUUGCGGCGGGCGUAUUCUCCACAGAAGCGAAUUUCGCCAUUGUAUACAGGUCAUCUAUUCGACUGCUUCAUCAAAUCAUGACUCAUGCCCAUUUCUUUCCCUUUCCUCGUCUCAAGUACUCCUCCUCAGAUCUUGCGUCCACGCUUUCACUGAUUUCGGCCCUUCAUGCGCAGCUUUGAAGAGUUGGCGCUCGCUCUCUUCCAGGCCUCUGAGGAAAUCAGCACCGUCACCCAAUGCUCCUCGGGGAUUGUGCGCUUGGUCUGCAAUCUCUGAUGCUCGUGAUUU